GUGGGGGUGGGGGGCCGUCGCGGGGGCGGGGGUGCGGACGCCCCCUUUCGCCCCCUUUCGCCGCGGAGGGACUAAAGCCCGGGCCCUGCGGCCAGGCGCGGGCCAGGGCAGAAAACCCCGAACGGAUAUUUAUGAUUCCCUCCUGUCAUUUGUCAUUCUGCAAUCAGCCACUGUAUGCGGCUGCACAGUUGGACGUUUCCAGGGCGUUGCCGUUAUAAAUGCCACUGUUUUACAAAGUGGGAUCAUGAGAUGAUCAUCUGUUAUGUGUGUCACAGCAGGAAAGGGGUAAGAAGAGAGCAGAUGAACCAGAUCUCCUCUUCAUUUUAUAGGUGAAGAACAGAGGUUCAGUGAGGUAAAUUAAGAAUAGAAGUUGCUAAGCCCAAUAAUGAACUGAAUCAGACCAGAAGUUGGACGUGACCAGAAAGCCUCUUAUCUCUGCCUUCGCUUCAGCCGCCCCUCCCUCCUCUGCACCCAGUUCCCUUGUUUUGGGGCCCGCCCUUCUGGGGACUGUGGAGUCUUUAUCUCCCCGGCGCGCCCCUGCAGGCGGCGAUAGGGGCCGGACUACAGCUCCCAGCAUCCGCCGCCUCCCGCCGGCAGCCCGGGAACUGACCCGGUAGUAGCUCUUCUCCGCCAAAGGUUCCGUCUCCCAGAGCGGCUCGCCAGCUUGGGACUCCCAGGGAACUCAGGGGCAGGUCUCCGGGACGUGGGCAUUGCCAGGGGUGACAGCGCGGGAGCAUGGCCUUGCGCCUGGGCAGGCUGAGCGCGGGCUCCUGCUGGCGAGCGGCGCGGGGCGGCCGCGGAGGGCUGUGCGCUUGGCCCGGGCGCUGCACGGCCGCACGCAUCUGCCGGGCCCCGGGCGCGGCUGGCAGCGAGCAGUGCCGGGGGCUGGGGCACAUCCCUACGGCGGGAGGAGGCCCCCGGCUGGGGACCGGGCUGACCGCGGCGCUGGCCGGGCUGGCCGGGCUGGCGGGGCUGGCCGCCGCCGCCUUCGGGCACGUAGAGCGGGCGGAGAUGGUGCCCAGGAGCUCGGGGGCACGGAGCCCUUCGUCCGCGAGGCCGGAGGAGGACGAUGAGCUGACCCGCCGCUGCAGCUGCUUCAUGGCCCCUCCUGUGACCGACCUGCGCGAGCUGCGGCGGAGGCCGAGCGACAUGAAGACCAAGAUGGAGCUGCUGAUCCUGGAGACCCAGGCCCAGGUGUGCCAAGCGUUGGCACAGGUAGACGGGGGCGCCCGCUUCUGCGUGGACCGGUGGGAGAGGAAGGAAGGAGGUGGAGGCAUCAGCUGUGUACUUCAAGAUGGGCAUGUUUUUGAAAAGGCUGGGGUGAGCAUUUCUGUUGUUCAUGGGAAUCUUUCUGAGGAAGCAGCCAAACAAAUGAGAAGCCGAGGAAAAAAUCUGAAGACUAAAGAUGGUAAAUUGCCAUUUUCUGCUAUGGGUGUGAGCUCUGUUAUCCACCCCAAGAAUCCUCAUGCUCCUACUAUCCAUUUCAACUAUAGAUACUUUGAAGUAGAAGAGGCCGAUGGUAACAAGCAGUGGUGGUUUGGUGGUGGAUGUGACCUUACUCCAACAUACUUGAACCAAGAUGAUGCUGUCCAUUUUCACAGAACUCUAAAGGAGGCUUGUGACCAGCAUGGUCCUGAUCUCUACCCUAAAUUUAAAAAAUGGUGUGAUGAUUACUUCUUUAUCGUCCAUCGUGGGGAGAGGAGGGGCAUCGGGGGCAUCUUUUUUGAUGACCUUGACUCCCCAUCCAAGGAGGAAGUGUUUCGCUUUGUGCAGAGCUGCGCCCAGGCUGUCGUUCCUUCUUACAUUCCUCUUGUGAAAAAGCACCGUGAUGACUCAUUCACGCCCCAGGAGAAGCUGUGGCAGCAGCUCCGGAGAGGGCGGUAUGUAGAAUUUAACCUGUUGUAUGAUCGGGGUACAAAGUUUGGCCUCUUCACUCCAGGAUCCAGGAUUGAAAGCAUCUUGAUGUCUUUACCUUUAACUGCUCGGUGGGAGUACAUGCAUUCACCCCCGGAGAACUCCAAAGAAGCGGAAAUUCUGGAAGUUCUGCGCCAUCCGAGAGACUGGGUGCAUUGAUGCACACAGAGCGGCCUUCCUGGGGCUUGGGGGACACGGAAUGUGUGCCCCGUUCCCCGGGCUGGCAGCCUUGCCACUGUGUGGCAGUUCAUAACCACUGUCUUCGAGCUCCAGUCUUCACUCUGCAGCCUGCUUCCUUGGCAGAUGCUGACGUGUGUUUUAAGUACUGCAAGUUUGCGUUGGAAGCUGCCAGCGACAGGUGGUGGUAUGGCAGCUUGUCAGCGUCAAUUGGUUGAUAUAAAACUCAUUUAUACUUUUAGAAUCAUUUCAUAUGACUAGUUUACAAAAUAUGAAAUUGAGUUUCCAAGUGUUGCGCUAAGGAAAUCUAAAUAUAGUUUGUGUAAGGAAACUGCUCAUGCUAUUUUCGUUUCAUAUAUUUGUUGAAGUUUUAGUUUCUGCCACAAAAAUCUGUUGUGGGAUAAAUUUUAUUUUCAUUAAUUCAGUGAGGUUGAGACUUAAUAUGUUUAGAAAGCAGCUUGAAAGGAAGGUAAAAUUUUUACUUUGUCAUGACUGAAGUUUUGUUGAUCAUGAUCUUUAUAUAUGUCUUUCUCUAGAGAUCAUAAUAUUGUAAAAUGUUCAUUUUUAUAAUGAUAUAUAGGAACACUUGAAGUUUUCUUAAUCUCUCCAUGUGUUACAAUUCAGUGAUUCCCUGUAGUUGUUAACUCUGAAGUGACAUCACUGUUAUUUAAAUAAGGGACAUCUGUGGUUCUGAUUUUUGAAGAACUAUAAUUUGUUAAUGUUGGAUUCUCUGCACUUUUGAAUGUGAGAGCUUAUAACCUUGGAGUCUGAUAUUUAAAAUUUCCUAUUCCACAUUUUUCUAUAUGGAAGUUUAGACUAAGAACAAUCCUGGGGAUGUUGUGAGUUAGGAAAUGUUUCUCAUUUGACAAAUGAGAGAUACUGUUCUUUGUUAAAGUCAACAUAACUAGUGUGAGAAGCAUGUAGGCAUUUUAUAAAUGUAUUUCUUUGGAAGGUGGACUAAUUAAAAUUGUCCUCUUUUUAAAUUAGAGAUUCUGCAGCUCUUUGCCCUUAAGAGAAAAUCACAACAGAAUUCUUAGUGUAGUUUCUUUGUUCAUAUAAUAGUAUGAAUGUAUUUUUUUGAGUGUAUUUUAUUUUACAUAAUAUAUUGAAGUUUGUAAGGAAUAGUAUCUUCCCACAUAUUAUUAAGCAUUAUCUUGAAAUAUGUUAAAUGUAUAUGAUUGUGUGUGACUCUUUAGGCCUGGAAAAUAUAUGAAUUCUUCAACUAUCUUACAACAGAUCCACUGAUAAAUUUUACUAUGAAAUAUGACUAAGAAAUGUUUGUAUUUUUCAUUUUUUAAAGGAUAAUUGAUAUAAGGAUUAUAAAUAUUUUUUAGUACUAAAACCAUGGUUCCUCAUUCCUAGGUAUUCUACCCAGGAAAAAUAGAAGUUUUGCACUCAGAUUUCCAUAGCAGCUUUAUUCACAAUAGGCAAAACUUAGAAACAACAGAAAUGCCCAUUAACAGAUGACUGGAUAAACAGAUGAUGUAUCAGGAUGUGAAAAUACUACUCAUUAGUGAAAAGGAACAACUACUUGGGCGAAUAGUAAAAUGGCAUUACGCCAAGUGAAAGAAACCAGACACAAAAGAGAACUCACUGUAUGACUAUGCUAUGUGAAAACCUAGAAAAGCCAAAAUUCAAACAAGAGAAAGGCGUCCGUGGUUGCUAGGGCUAGGACUAGGGAAUUGAUUGGGAAGGGAGCAAAAGAAUAUUUUGAGGGGAUGGAAAUGUUCUUUAUAUGGAUUGUGGUAGUGCUUACCAGACUGUUUACAUGUAUCAAAACUCGACCUUGGCACUUAAAAUCAUGGAAUUUUAUUGUAUAUGUGAUUUAUACUUUAAUAAAGUUGAUUAAAUGAAAAAAUACAAGCAUAUAGGAACAAAUGUUCAAAUAAACCUCAGUUUACUUUUUACAAUAAAAAUCUCUUGGCAUAUA